GGCAGGCGGCGGCGGCGGCGGCGCGGCCGCUCCCGGUCCCGACCCCGGUGCUUGUCGCGAUCGCGGUCCCUGUCGCGACCCCGGUCCCUGUCGCGAUCCCGCUCGCUGCCCACUGCGAUGGUGCCCGAGCGGAGCCGCGGCGGAGGAGGGGCGGCGGCGCCGCUGCCGCGCGGCUCCAGCCCGGCGCGGGGGCGGCGGCAGCAGCAGCGCAGACCUUAAUUUAUUUCGGAGGAUUCCCAUGGCACGUGAACUAGAAGAUAAUUCAGACUAGAAGGUCUCCUUACUUUGAAGUGACAGUCUUUAAACCAAAAUGGUGGGAAAACUCAAACAGAACUUGCUGCUGGCGUGCCUGGUGAUCAGCUCGGUGACGGUGUUCUACCUGGGCCAGCACGCCAUGGAAUGUCACCACCGGAUCGAGGAGCGCAGCCAGCCCGGGAGGGCGGAGGGCGUGAGGAGCACGGUGAGAACUGCUCCCAGUGGGAAUGCGACCAAAACCUUUGCCUACAACAAGGACAUGCCUUUGAUAUUCAUCGGGGGAGUCCCUCGCAGCGGCACCACCCUGAUGCGGGCCAUGCUGGACGCCCACCCGGACAUUCGCUGCGGGGAGGAGACGAGGGUGAUCCCGCGGAUUCUGGCGGUGAAGCAGAUGUGGGCGAGGUCGAGCAAGGAGAAGAUCCGGCUGGACGAAGCCGGAGUCACGGAUGAGGUUCUGGACUCGGCCAUGCAGGCGUUUCUGUUGGAAAUCAUCGUCAAACACGGGGAGCCUGCGCCCUACUUGUGUAACAAAGAUCCUUUUGCUUUAAAAUCCUUAACUUAUCUUGCUAGGAUUUUCCCCAAUGCCAAAUUUCUCCUGAUGGUACGGGAUGGCCGUGCAUCAGUGCAUUCCAUGAUAUCUAGAAAAGUCACAAUAGCUGGAUUUGACCUGAACAGCUACAGGGACUGCCUGACCAAGUGGAACCGUGCUAUAGAAACCAUGUACAACCAGUGCAUGGAGGUUGGGUUUGAAAGGUGUAUGCUGGUGCACUAUGAGCAACUUGUGUUGCAUCCUGAAAGGUGGAUGAGAACUCUCCUGAAGUUUCUCCGCAUCCCAUGGAACCAAGCAGUGCUGCACCACGAAGAGAUGAUUGGAAAAGCCGGGGGUGUUUCUCUUUCAAAGGUUGAAAGAUCCACUGACCAAGUCAUCAAGCCAGUCAAUGUGGAAGCACUGUCCAAGUGGGUCGGGAAGAUCCCUGCUGAUGUUCUGCAAGACAUGCCUGUGAUUGCCCCCAUGCUGGCCAAGCUGGGCUAUGAUCCAUAUGCCAAUCCACCAAACUAUGGAAAACCAGAUCAAAAGGUUGUGGAAAACACAAGGAGGGUCUAUAAAGGUGAAUUUCAGCUUCCUGACUUCCUUAAAGAAGUGCCACAGCCAAAGAAGACAGUAGAAAGGAAGUCUCGUGGCAAGAUAAAAUGAACGUGGACCAGUGAAGUCAAAUAGCUGUAGUACUGAACCUAUGGAAUAGAAGAUAAAAUGGAUGUUUCUUGCACAGAAGAAAAUCGACUGCUGCCUUUUCCGUGGGAAUGAUCCAUCCGGCCUGUCCCCCCAGGAUCAGUGAGGUGUGCUGCUCAUGGCCUGCUUCCCUCAGAAUUUUCUCUCCCGUUUCUUUCAUACUGUUUUUGUUCCAAAUUUUGCUGUUGUGAGCGCAUGUAAACCUGUUAAAGAAAAUAAAAAACACUGAUGUUGAUGUAGAACUGUAUUACAUUCGCACAACUAUUUUUUUAAGGUUUUAAAAAAAUGCAAAGCAAUGCCUGUCUCUGAAAUUGCUCUUCUGUCUUAAUUACAAAGCUCCAUCUUCAAAGAUUUUGUUUGUUUGUUUCUUGUAGCAGUUUGGUUUUAAAUGUAUGAAGCUUUCAAGAGUGGUCUGUGCUUGUCCUAAAAGAUUUCUGGUGGAACAGUUGUCUGUUUUAUUCAUAUGUGGAAAUUGUUAAAUAUCUUUUAUUUAAAAAAAAAAGUUGAUAAAUUACAUGUAUAAUUACAAUUCAAUGAUCUUUUGUAUUUUAUUUUUCAAAAUAAAUGCUUUAAAUGUGA